AUGCACUCACCCAUCCUCCCAGCAGCAGCAGCAGCCCUCCUGCUCUCCCUCCUCGCGCCUGCCGCCCGCGCACACAUGAUCUUCAACACGCCCUCGACCUGGGGUCUCGCCACGCAAGGCGGUGACCUCGAAAAACCGCUCAACGCCGCCUUCGGCCCUAGCUGGCCGCACCACGGCGCAAAAAAGGACACCGAGGAGGUUGUAACCUUCACGCCGGGCAGCAACCCAUCGUUCCCUAUCACGUGCGGCGAGGCCGCGGGGGAGCCCGGGAAGGCGGCGGGCGUGUGUAAAACUGAAGCCGAUUUCCACGGCGGCGGCGGCUGCGCAUUAUCGAUUGCGUAUAACGCGGGGGGAACGCCCAAGCCGGAGGACUUUGUGGUCUUCUCCGUCACCCACGACUGCCCGACGUUCAACAAGUUCAAUCACAACUUUGCCGUGCCCGCGAACCUGCCAGCGUGCGAGAGCUGCGUGUGUGCGUGGCACUGGGUCCCGGAUCCAGAUUUUGCUGCGGACGAGUCGUACAUGAACACGUUCAACUGCGCGGUGGGCGGUACAACGAAGGGCAAGAUCACGGGCGGGAAGACGCCGAAUUACUUUGGUGUGAGCGGGUACGAGGGCGGCGGGGAGCGGCCCAUGUACAAGAGCACAUUCCCGGCGGGGGCACAGAAGCUGACGGUGGGCGCGGCGGGGAAGAGGUGGGUUGCUUAG